AUGAGGUACACAAAACACUGACCCAGGACCCUAAACCAGUACCUAUCAUUCUUCGUUUUUUCUUUCUUUCCUCCUCCCCUGAACUCUCUCUCUCUCUCUCCCCAGUGGGAUCCCAGGGAAAAAGUGUGGGAACAUCAUAUUCACCGCUGAGGAACUGAGUAACUGCAGGGUCAGUAUCACACACGCAUCACACACACACACAUAUUCUCAUCCAUUCAACAUAGGGAAUAUAAAACCUUUGACUACUUUUGAGAGCACUACGGGCCCUGGUCAAAACUAAUGCACUAUAUUGGGAAUAGGGUGCCAUUUGGGAUGCAACCAUUGAAAGAUGAUCAUUAUCUGAACAGAGCAACUGGAAAGACGGACAAUAUUCAAAUAAAUAUACAUCCGAACUGUGAAUAACGACAUUGACAAUUGCCCUCAGAGUUAUGAAUAAUUGUAUCUAUCGCUCUGUUCCGUUAAUACACUCUCACUCUCCCUCUCUCUUCUUUCUCUCUCUCUUGUUCUUUUUCUUUCGUCUCGUUUUGUCCCUCUUCUCUUCUUUUCUCUCUGUCUCUUCUGUCUCUCUCUUGCCUCUCUCUCUCUUGCCCCCUUCUCGCUCUCUUUCGUCUCUCUCUUCUCUCCUCUCUCUCUUUACUCUCCUCUCUCGCGUCUCUCUCUGUCUCUCUUCUGUCUCCCUCUCGUCGCUUCUGCUUUCUCUGCUCUCUCUUAUCUGUCUGUCUCUGUCUGUCUCUAUCUCUCUCCCACCAAACAAUUAAAAAUGAGAACAUCAUUUGAUAGCCCCCCCCCUUAGUUGUUUAUUAACCAUUAUUUGACCAGGUAUUGGCAGAAAACAGUGCACUAAUUUCUCUUUUACACUUAGGACCUGCAACCUUUUCUAGCAUGAUAGCUAAAAUUAAACAUGUCUCAAGUUACUCCUUUUUUCUAGCUUUCAAAUAGGCACUUUUCUGCAGGGGAGAAGAGAAGAAUGUGCCUAUUUGAAAGCUAGAAAAGCUAGAAAAAAGGAGUAGCUCGAGACGUUUCUUUAAAAUAAAAGUAGCUCUCAUGCUAGAAAAGGUUGCGGACCCUUGCUCUAAGACAGGACUGCUCAACCCUCUUCCUGGAGAUCUACCGUCCUGUGGGUUUUCAGUCCAACCCUAAUUUAACACACCUGAUUCUACUUAUUAGCUGCUCCACAAGACCUUAACUAGCUGAAUCAGAUAAUCUAAAGUAAGGUUGGACUGAAAACCUACAGGACAGUAGAUCUCCAGGAAGAGGGUUGGUCAGCCCUGCUCUAAGACAUGGAGAACAUAGUUCAUUAUAUUGUUCAUUACAGAAAUACAGAGGAAGGGGCAUGCUGCGAGGCAGAUGAAAUGUGUUUAUUCUGCCACCUCACUCAGAUCUCCAAAAGGUGUGAUUUCCAAAGGAUGUCGGGCUCAUAGAAAUAUAAUUACUAGAACGGGAAUCCCCAUUCAAGUCAAUGUUCUAUUUAUGUGGGUGGGCUGCUCCUCCUCGGGAGAUAUUUGCUCAACCAAAUGAGUCUGUUGUUUUUGCUUUCUCAGAUGUUUCCCCAUGAAAUAUUAUGAAUAUGGGUGUUGUCCCGGAGGUGCAUUGCAGCUGCAUAUGCACACCAUACUUAUUAACGACUUUUACCUUUAAAGCUCUUGUAGUUACUCCUUAUCUUAUUACAAGGUUGCAAUAAUUCAACCACUAAACCAUCCCCAAACAAGAACCAUACUUUCACAUACUUGGUCAGAAAAAAAUAUAAAUGCAACAUUAUAGUGACGUUUAACAGUGACAUUGUGGUUACAGUAUAUGUAAUUUAAGCUGACAUAUUAGUUAUAUGUCAUUUAUAUUACUUAUGUCACUAUGGUGACCUAAAACCACCACCUUGCUUUGACGUUGAGACUUGUCUUUUCUCUCAGGACAUUGCUACCAUGCAGCUGUGUGCCAACAAGCUGGACAAAAAAGACUUCUUCGGCAAGUCAGACCCCUUCCUGGUCUUCUACCGCAGUAAUGAAGACGGAACGUGAGUGUGUGUGUGUGUCAAGAUGAGUUCACUUCCCUCAUUGUCUGUUAUAUAGAUCCAAAUAUAUGCCUCAACCCAAAUGAAUGAAUCUGUCACAACAAGUAUUUUGGAGAGAACAAAGAAUUUCAUUUAUUUGGUAUUUAUGGCUUAUACUUCUAGGGCUAUGCCUUUUCAUCCCUGUACUUAGUGGUCCUUGUGUGUACAGUGUUGAAAUGGGGACCAUAUAAAUACAUUACUAGAACGGGGGGAAAAGCCCCUCAGACCACGGCCAUUCGAUUGCACCCUUAUGGGUAAUUCUAUUUCCGUAGGUUCACCAUCUUCUUUGGUAUUUGUAGUUUAUACUUCUAAGGCCUAUGUUCCAUCCCUGUACAGUAUCUGUAUUCAGGGCUCCUUGUGUGUGCUGUGUACCGUAGGUUCACCAUCUGCCAUAAGACGGAGGUGGUAAAGAAUACUCUGAACCCUGUGUGGCAGCCCUUCACCAUCCCCGUACGAGCCCUCUGUAAUGGAGACUAUGACAGGUGAGUGACACAGACAGCCAAGAGAUCAAAGGUCAACGGAUCAAAGGUCACUUAGUACCCAGGGUAAAGGGAUGACCACAUGAGCGACACUGAACAAAAAUAUAAACGCAACAUUCAACAAUUUCAAAGAUUUUACUGAGUUAUAGUUCAUAUAAGGAAAUCAGUCAAUUUUAAUAAAUUCAUUAGGCCCUAAUCUAUGGAUUUCACAUGACUGGGAAUACAGAUAUGCAUCUGUUGGUCACAGAUACCUUUAAAAAAGGUAGGGGCGUGGAUCAGAAAACCAGUCAGUAUCUGCUGUGACCAUUUGCCUCAUGCAGCGCGACACAUCUCAUUGGCAUAGAGUUGAUCAGGCUGUUGAUUGUGGCCCGUGGAAUGUUGUCACACUCCUCUUCAAUGGCUGUUCAAAGUUGCUGGAUAUUGGAACUGGAACACGCUGUUGUACACAUCGAUCCAGGGCAUCCCAAACAUGCUCAAUAGGGUGACAUGUCUGGUGAGUAAGCAGGCCAUGGAAGAACUGGAAAAUGUUCAGCUUCCAGAAAUUGUGUGCAGAUCCUUGUGACAUGGGGCCGUGCAUUAUCAUGCUGAAACAUGCGGUGAUGGCGGCGGCUGAAUGGCACAAUAAUGGAUCUCAGGAUCUCUUCACGGUAUCUCUGUGCAUUUAAAUUGCCAUUGAUAAAAUGCAAUUGUGUUCAUUGUCCGUAGCUUAUGCCUGCCCAUACCAUAACCCCACCGCCACCAUGGGGCACUCUUUUCACAACGUUGACAUCAACAAACCGCUUUCCCACACGAUGCCAUACACGCUGUCUGCCAUCUGCCUGGUACAGUUGAAACCGGGAUUAAUCCGUGAAGAGCACACUUCUCCAGCGUGCCAGUGGCCAUAGAUGGUGAGCAUUUGCCCACUGAAGUUGGUUAUGACGCCAAACUGCAGUCAGUUCAAGACCCUGGUGAGGAUGACGAGCACGCAGAUGAGCUUCCGUGAGACCGUUUAUAACAGUUGGUGCAGAAAUUAUUCGGUUUUGCAAACCCACAGUUUCAUCAGAUGUCCGGGUGGCUGGUCUCAAACCAUCCCGCAGGUGAAGAAGCCGGAUGUGGAGGUCCUGGGCUGGCAUAGUUACACAUGGUCUGCGGUUGUGAGGCCAGUUGGAUGUACUGCCAAAUUCUCUAAAACGAGGUUGGAGGGGGCUUAUGGCAACCGCUCUGGUGGACAUUCCUGCAGUCAGCAUGCCAAUUGCACGCUCCCUCAAAACUUGAGACAUAUGUGGCAUUGUGUUGAGUGACAAAACUGCACAUUUUAGAGUGGCCUUUUAUUGUCCCCCAGCACAAGGUGCACCUGUGUCAUGAUCAUGCUGUUUAAUCAGCUUCUUGAUAUGCCACACCUGUCAGGUAGAUGGAUUAUCUUGGCAAAGGAGAAAUGAUCAGUAACAGGGAUGUAAACAAAUUUGCGCACAACAUUUGAGAGAAAUAAGCUUUUUAAGCGUAUGGAACAUUUCUGGGGUCUUUUACGUUUAUAUUUUUGUUCAGUGUAUUUUGGGAGUUUCAUGUGGUUUUCUGUAGAUUUCCUGUACAUUGUCCUUACUGUUCCAUUCGGUCAUUGUGCAGAAGCUUUUAGUCAAAGCAACUUACGGAUACUGUAGUAGGUACUCUAUAUUCAGUAAAACCAGGGAUUUUUUUCUGUUAGCUGAAUGAGUUUGGUGUGACAUCUGGGGGAGUUCCCAGUAUGGCUUCCGUACAACUCAAAUCAAAUCAAAUUUUAUUUGCCACAUUUGCCGAAUACAACCGGUGUAGACCUUACAGUGAAAUGCUUACUUACAAGCCCUUAACCAACAAUGCAGUUUUAAGAAAAAAAGUGUUAAGUAAAAAAUAGAUAAGUAAAAAAGAACAAAUAAUUAAAGAGCAGGAGUAAAAUAAAAUAAUAUUAGGGAGGCUAUAUACAGGGGCAAGGCUGUGGGACUAAGUAGCCAAUGUUUUGUCACUGUCUGUGCUCAGUACUAAGGACUAUGGAAUGUUGCUGUAGCAUGAUGUACUACAGUACCCAUGAUGCUCUGUGGUGGUCAGAAUAAUGCCAGCAGUCGGCCAUAUUGUCUCAGAGGCCAGCGCUGGUGUUAUUGGGACCAACAUGGAGGUUCCACAACGUUUUGUUUAUCUCUGGUUAUUACACACACAUGCAUACAUGCACACAAACACACACACCCACGCACACACACACCCUCACACAAUCACACAAUAUUACUGAUUUAUGCUAAAUGCAAAUGUAAUGAAUCGUAUUCUAUUGUUAAUCAAUUCAAUGUAGUAUGUGUUCCAAUUACAUGACAAUUUUGACUGGGUAAAUCCUUAAGGCUAUUUGUUCAUCACCUCAUACUUCUCAAGGGACAUACUGUGUUUGCCUCCCUCUCUCUCCUUCUCUUUCCCAAACAUUUAGUUACAUUACAUGUAUAUGUGUAUUUCCAGUGUUAUUACUGUUCAAGCUUCUGUAGUAUACUAUCUUUCAUUUCUCUCUUUUUCACUUUUUCUCUCAUGCACGUUUGCAUGUGCACACAAACACACACCCUCUCUGCGAUUCUCAUCGUUCUCUCUUAUCUUCCCUUUCUCCAGGACAGUCAAGGUGGACGUGUAUGAUUGGGACAGAGAUGGAAGGUAAUUUUCUCUCUCUCCUCUCUUCUCGCUCCUCCCCUCCCCCUUGUUUCUUCCCUCAUUCAUUUAAUUUACAAUCUCCAGACAGCCUCAGACGCUCCAAAUCUCCCUCAAAUGUCAUCCCUCGUUCUUUCUCUGGAGGGGAAUCUUCAUCACCUUAUUAGUCCGGUGACAUGGGGAUGGGGAGAUGAGAGGGACUCUCCACCGUAAGCACACACAACCAUAAUUCACUGAUUGGAACUUUAAAAGGUUGGCGGUAAUAUCAGAAGGGAGAGGGUUUACGAAUACGAGUGUUGACUGCCUCCAUCUCUCUGUCCUCUUUCCCUCUCUCCUUCUUCACUGAUGGUGGUUACUAAUGUGCCCACAAGGCUUCCUCUCUAAAUAUCACACACAGAUUGAUAGCGGGCAGGUCCUAUUUGGCUUUAGGUGAUGAUAUUUAGAUCUACAGAGAGGGGACGGGGUUGGUUUUUCCUUCAGUAUGAUACUCUUUCAGAUGCUGCAGGUGUUACUCUCGCAACUAUUCCCACAGUCAUGACUUCAUUGGCGAGUUCACCACCAGCUACAGAGAAUUUUCCAGAGGCCAGAGCCAGUUCAACGUCUAUGAGGUAAAAAAGAACGGUAACACUUAAAUUACUGCAGUGGGUCACACAGAGUGUUUAUUGGUGGUCUUAAACAAAUCUACUUUGAAACAAACUACAGCUCAGACACAUGGUUAUGGGUUAAAAAAACAACUGAAAUAUAACAAAACUGUUUGACAUAGCACACAGCUGUUACUCAGAAAACAUAUUUUAUCUUUAAUAAUGAGAUGAGCAUUUUAGUGAUUUUCCCAUUAAAGCUUCAUAUUUUCCAAUUCUGACGACUACAUUUAGAUAACCCCGCUAUGAAAAUAAUGUUAUUUUUCAUCCGUCCUCUAUCUCUUAGAAUAUGACAUGUUCCAUACAGUCAAUUUAUUUCCAUACCAUGCCUUCACACAGCAAACUAUGUGGUGAAAUCAAACCAGUCAUCUUUUCUGAGACAUCUGUAUCAAUGUACACAUUUUUCCUCUUUUUGUCCAGGUUCUAAACCAUAAAAAGAAAGGCAAGAAGAAGAAAUAUAUCAAUUCAGGGACAGUAAGUACCGGUUGAGCUUUCCCAUUUCCAUUUAUCAUAUGUUUUAUAGAUAGGAUUCAUUGCCAAUGUGAUAUGUCAUAUGCAGUAAAGGUUUUGCUUUGGCCAUCUCUUUACAUUUUAGUCAUUUAGCAGACGCUCUUAUCCAGAGCGACUUACAGUAGUGAGUGCAUACAUUUUCAUACUAGUCCCCCGUGGGAAUCGAACCCACAACCCUGGCUUUGCAACCGCCAUGCUCUACCAACUGAGCUACACGGGACUUUCUCUUCCCUCUCUCUCUUUUUCCCUUGCUCUCUUCCUGUUUCUACUUAUAUCCCUCUCCUUAUACCCCCCCUCUCUUUCUCUCUCUCACUGUUUCUCUCCCCUCUCUCCCUCCCCUGAAGGUCACACUGCUGUCCUUUAAAGUGGAGUCAGAAUACACGUUUGUGGACUUCAUCCGGGGAGGGUGAGCCCAAUCUUUGUAACGCUCCAUUAACAUUAGAGGCCACUCUUAACAACGUUGAUGAGCCGUUGAUGGCUUGCUCAGCCUAGCUUGCAUAUCUGAAAUUGUUUUGCAUUGUGUUAACAGACAAUGUCCUUUCUAGUCUUUAUUAUGUUUUUGUCUGGUAAAGUUUGAGUUAUUCAUUGUAAUUCAUCAUUGUCUCCCAAGGACGCAACUCAACUUUACAGUGGCCAUCGAUUUCACAGCGUCUAAUGGUAAGUGUGGCCGAAUCACUUAUACGGUUUGUUGUUUUUUGGCAUUUAUUUUAGGCUACUAAGGUUUCCCCAAACUUCGUUCAAAAUAAUAUUACUCUAACAGUUGUCAAAGCAGGGCCAAAUGUUGCCAGCAAUAUUUUACUAUCAAAUGAACGUUAGAUACUGCAAUGGUGUAGCUACUUGUCGGUGGAUGCUGAUGGACUUGAACCCACAGCCUUGUGGCUAUAGGUCAAUAUCCACUCUAGCAUAUCACUUAUCUAGAUCAAUGAAUUCAACAUGCAUCCUAAGACAAGUAGUAUGAUAGUGUGAAACGUUGCCUGUUUGGCCUAUACCUUUUUUGUAUUUGAUGUGUGUGUUUUGUGUGUUGUGUAGUAGGGCUCAUUUGAAAAUGAGGCCUGGUUCUCAAUAUGACUUCCCUUUCUAAAUAAAGGUUAAAUAAAACAAUUAAUGCUUUGUUGCUGUGUUCCAGGUAACCCGUCCCAGCCCACCUCUCUGCACUACAUGAGUCCCUACCAGAUGAAUGCCUACGCCAUGGCCCUGAAGGCUGUGGGGGAGAUCAUCCAAGACUACGACAGUGACAAGAUGUUCCCCGCCUAUGGCUUCGGAGCAAAGCUGCCCCCGGACGGCAAGAUCUCCCAUGCCUUCCCACUGGUGAGAGAGUGUGAUGGAGGGAGGGAGCAGUUGUUGUUGAUAUGAUGAUGCAUUGUUUUAUUGUGUUUAUGAUGGACUUACUGUGGGUAAUGAACAGGCACGGUUUUAUUUCUUGCAAUGAGGUGCUGCUACUUUAUGCUGCAGUAUUUACUGAUCCACAGUCCUUGAACUAUAUAAAUACUCUUUGAUGACAAUGUCCCUUCUGUAAUGUGUUUUUGCUCUCACACUUUUACAGAUGUGAAGUUGCCAUCCACAAUGCUUUCUUUAUUCAUAUACUUCCCUAUUUUUACUGAUAAGAAACUAAAAUAGUGUAUGUCCAUCUAUCGGGCUCAGUUGCGAGACCUUGCUGUUUCUUGAAAUACCUGUUCUAUUUUUGAGUAGUGAAGUCCAUGCUACUUAACAUCCCCCACAUAUCAAUUUGUGUCCAAGGCUGACUGAAGCUCCAAGCCUAAUAAAUGUUUCAUUUGAUCUAUUAUAUUGCUGGCAAAAUAUUGUACCAGAUCAUAAUCCAAAAUAUGAACUUGCUUUACUCCAAUGUUUGUCAACAAAGUAAAUGUAAACAAACACUAUAUAGCCUCAAAACAUGGUUAAAACUAUAAUUUUGAUAUCAUGGAUGGUCAGUCCUUGCAUCCAUAGCUCUGUCUAUGAAUUUGAGAGUGGUUACAUUUCUCCAGCCAAAUCCCUUAGCUUUUUACCAAAACAGGGGUGGGGAGCACGCUUUGUUGUUUCUACUGCUGAUUGCCGCUUUAACAUGGCGUGGUAAAGUCACGAAGAACACGAGAACCUCUAAAUAUGUCAACAAAAAACACAAAUUGCAGCACCAUUGUGUAAGCCAAUGAGCUAGCGUCAGCCUCAAGUAGUUAUGUGAAGUGUUUGAACAAGGGUAGAGGAAGGGCGGGAGGAAAAAAAACACAGUCAGAAAACAGCUCCAAAAAAAACAAACACCAUCUGUUUGAUGUGAAAAAGUGUGAAACAAAAAGGGACCAGACAGACACAGACCGAAAUAGACUUUAGAGGACGUAGAGCUUAGCUUAGCUUCAUGAGCCGAUGAAAAAUGAAUAACAAACAUGAAGAAGAAAAAAACGAGUUCUCCUCGGAUUCUAGACGUCUACUAUCUCCCUGGACAGAUACUUCAGAGGAGAAAGAAAAAAGGGAGGACUUGUUGAACAAAGAAGAGUAAAAAAACAAAAGGAGUCUUAUUUUCAGCUAAUUUUAGACCCAAAGCUAGAGGAAUUCGCCACAAAGAACCUCCUUGAUGUGAAGGAAAUGAUGCGAAGAUCUGCUCUUUAAUUAGACUAUGUUGUAAGAUCUCAAUGCCAUGCAUCAGACUUCACAAAGUGGACAGAAGAGACUGAUAUACUGCUUCAAACCAAAACGUGCUCAGUUCAUAACAACGGCACCAGUAAUGCCGUCCAUAUUUGUACCCGAUGUAUAGAAAGUUCAGGUCUAAACACCAGUGCUGGUCAAUUUUGAUAACCAAAUUGAGAAAGAUAUGGACUCCACACACAUUAUUUUCUCUCUGUCUUUUAUAUUAUUUUCAGCAUCAGCUAAUAGCCAAGACAGGGACACAUCUGACUAAAUCAAUCACUAUCUGAAUCAUCUUCCUCUGACAAAAUUAUCUCUCAAAUUGUAUCAUUUUAUCAGAUUUGUGAAAGACAUGCUUCGCAGUAUCCAAAAAGUGCUAUUGUUCUCCUUCCCAAAAUGUCUGAAACCAGUGAGUACAUUGUGACACCAUUGCUGUCGAGAUUCAUCACUGCUCUUUAACUUGGCUCAUUUCCGAAUGGGCCACCGCUCAAUCAACUCUCCCAAUUAGAGCUCGCCUCGGCGUGACGAAGCCCAAGCAAGUCAUGCAAAGGCAUCUUUUAAUUAGACCACAUUGUCUGAUCCUGCUGGAAGAGGAGGGCUGCCUCCGCUCAUAAGAAAAUCUAAUUAUAUUUGUCAUAUGCUUCAUAAACAACAGGUGUAGAUUAAAAGGCUCUGCAUGGUAAAUCUGCAUUUACUGCGAUACGGCCUCUGCAGAAGUCAGGGCACUUCUUGCGCUUCGUGGAGCAGAGCAGAGCUGUUGUGAAGGAAGUUGUCAAGGAAGCGAGUUUGUGUUUAUACUUGACCCCCUGCCCCCACCUACCGUCAACCAAUCAUGUCAAUGCGGAGCUAUACGGAGCCCUCCGCAUUGGGCACUGAUGUUGGGCGAUUAGGCCUGGCUCGCAGUCGGCAUUACAAUUCAUCCCAAAGGUGUUCAAUGGGGUUGAGGUCAGGGCUCUGUGCAGGCCAGUCAAGUUCUUCCACACCGAUCUUGACAAAGCAUUUCUGUAUGGACCUUGCUUUGCGUGGGGGCAUUGUCAUGCUGAAACAGGAAAAGGCCUUUCCCAAACUGUUGCCACAAAAUUGGAAGCACAGAAUCAUCUAGAUUGUCAUUGUAUGCUGUAGCGUUAAUAUUUCCCGUCACUGAAACUAAGGGGCCUAGCCCGAACCAUGAAAGACAGCCCCCAGACCCUUAUUCCUCUUCCCACCAAACUUUACAGUUGGCACUAUGCAUUGUGGCAGGUAGCGUUCUCCUGGCAUUAAUCCGUCGGACUGCCAGAUGGUGAAGCGUGAUUCAUCACUCCAGAGAAUGCGUUUCCACUGCUCCAGAGUCCAAUGGCGGCGAGCUUUACACCACUCCAGCCAACGCUUGGCAUUGCGCAUGGUGAUCUUAGGCUGCUCGGCCAUGGAAACCCAUUUCAUGAAGCUCCCGAUGAACAGUUCUUGUGCUGACGUUGAUUCCAGUGUGGCUAGAAUAGCCGAAUCCACAAAUUUGAAGGGGUGUCCAAAUACUUUUGUAGUGUGUGUGUAUAUAUGUAUGAGUUGGUUGAAAAAAGUGUAUGUGUGUGUUGGGGUGUCAGUGAAAGUAUGUGUGAAUGUGUGCAUAGAGUCAGUGCAAGGUUAAUGCAGGUAAGUCAAGAUAUCCUCAAUGGUGCAGCUGUAGUACUUUUUGAGGAUCUGAGAGCCAAUGCCAAAUAUCUUAAGCCUCCUGAAAGAGAAGAGGCACUGUCAUGCCCUCUUCAUAACUGUGUCUGUGUGUGUGGACCAUGUUAAUUCCUUAGCGAUGUGGACACCAUGGAACUUGAAGCUCUAGACCCGCACCACUACAGCACUAUCAAUGUGGAUGGGGGCGUGCUCUCCCCUCCAUUUCCUGUAGUGCCCGAUCAGCUAGUUACCUCUUGCAGCAGUGCAAUGCGAUUUUCAAGUCAUAACGGUUCAAUUGGUGAAUGGAAUGCAGCUGUCAACAUUAUUUUUGAUGUUUUCACAUGACUACAUUGUCCCUAUGUCAAAACGAUGCUUUUUCCUGAUCCCCAAUGUGUUUUCCUGAUCUGACUGUGAGGGCCGAUCCCUAAACUACGUAGUGCCGAUAUACAUAUGCUAUCUAGGAAGUGGCUUUAAUGAGCCAAUGGGUGUUCUUAUCGGAAGAGUUUUGAUGCUGAAUGUACAGACAGGAGACAGACAAUGUUUCAAGGACCUCCACAAUUGAAACAGUGUCUGUGUAUGUCAAAAUGAAAGGUUGUGUGACCACUGCGCUCAGAACAAGUCUGUCAACCACAAUGUAAUCGAUUUUUCUUUUUUUUUGUGUUGCUGGUCUUUUGGGAACAGACAUAUUGUUUGAUGGAUUAUUUUUGUUCUUAUGUCUUGCACCUGAGCUUUCUUUCUGUCACGGUUUCUGCCGAGGCUGCUCCUUCUCCUUGUUCGGGCAGGCUUCGGCGGUCGUCGUCCCCGGAGUACUAGCUGCCACCGUUCGUUGUUUCUGUGUUCGUUUGGUUUGGUCUGUUUUGGUACACCUGUUUCUCAUUUUGUCUUGAUUAUGUGUCCUUUAAGUUCUCGUUGUUUCUGUCGUGUGGUUGUGUGUAGUUGUUCCAUGUCAGCAGGUGUUGCCAGUCAGUUUGUGCUCUAUUUUUAUAGAGAGUCCGCACUGUUGUGCGUUUGUUGUAUUUUUACGCUGAGUGCGUUAUUUUCCUUGUGCCUCCGGCUCUGUUUGUAGCCGUUCAUUCUGUGGACUUGAUUAAAGUAUUUUGGACUUGCAUCUGCAUCCUGCAUUUGAUUCCACACCACACCUACGCCCGUCUCUGACACUUUCUCUCUCUCUCCUUCACUCUCUAUCCCUCUCUCUUGUCCAUGGUUUCCCACAGAACUCCAACAGUGAGAACCCAAACUGUGUGGGUAUCGAGGGUGUGUUGGAGGCCUACUUCCAGAGUCUCCGAACCGUUCAGCUCUACGGGCCCACCAACUUCGCUCCUGUCAUCAACCAGGUGGCACGGUGA